GUACUGGAGCACGCACAUCAUAGUCCUACGUACCUACGUACCUGCCUAGGACUGAUACUCCGUAUACAUCCUCUCAUCGAGGGCCCGCAUCCUUCAUCGCCUGCGUCAUCGCCUCCGUCUGCCGCAUUUGCAUCUCGUCUUUUCCGUCCCUUCACCCGGGUUCCUCGUUUGUCUUUUACGGACCACGAUUCUCUCUCGCACACGACGUCCGCUUAAACGCUCAAUCGGCCCGCUGCAAAAAAAACCUUAAACAUGAGAAACACUCUCCUCCUGACUGCCGGUUUCGCUGCCGUUCGUCACGCGACCGCCGACUACGUCGCGACUAUAUGCGGCAAGGAGAGCAAGUACACCAGCAAAGACACAGACUUUAUCUUCCAGUCCAACGCCUGGAACCCCGUUGGUGAUGGCGCAUCCUGUGUCUUUGUCGACGAGUCGACACCGGCGUUUGACGCCAACUGGAACUGGGAGGAGGACAAGAACAGUGUCCACUCGUUCCCCCACGUGCGCUUCAGCUCGACCAAGCUGCCGGUCCAGCUGAGCGCCAUCGAGUCGAUGCGCCUCGCCGUGGAAUGGACCAUGCGCAAGGGGAACCCCGAGAGCGACCCGCCCCGCGACUUCUCCGCUACCGCCUGGACCGAGAACAAGGGCGGGCUCGACGGCGUCGUAUCCAACGCCGCCUGGGACUUCUUCGUCGACAGGAACAAGUCGAGGACCUACAACCCCAUCGACGCCGAGGCCGAGAUCAUGAUCUGGCUCGGCAAGGUCGGGAAUCCGUACCCCUUGAUGGGCGACUCCAUCUUAACCAACAUCACCCUCGGCUCUACUGAAUUUUCUCUCUGGUACGACACCAACGGACGCGAACAAAAGGUCUUCACCUGGGUCACGCGCGACGGAUCCGACGUCAACCAGUUCAACGAGGACAUCACCCCGCUUCUCAAGUACGUCCUCGACUCCGGCGAGAUCGACAACGAGUCGUGGCUCGGCCUGGUCGAGUUCGGCUCCGAGGCGUGGCACUCCCUCGAGAACGUCACGUUCAGCGCCGCGCAUUUUAGCAUGGAGCUGAACGCCGAUGGCAGCGGCAGCGGCAAUGGCGAGAACGCGGCGAGAAAAUUCGGCCUCUCGUCGUGGCUGUUCCUUUCGCUGCUCCUCAUGAACAUGUCCAUGUUCUGUCUUUAGGGCGCUUGGUGGCACAAUCAGCCAUGCUGCCGGAGGUCCACA